AUGAUGCGUCGACCGCCUCCUCGGCCAACCCUCCGUAAGGGAUACACCCUGAUCGAAUUGGUCAUGGCCUCCUCGCUUACGGCCCUGGCGAUUGUGCCUGCGUUGGCACUCAUGAGGGACAGCAUCACCAACGGUAGUUCGAUCGAUACCCAGAAUACGAUUGCGACGUUCUGUGUAUCGAAGCUCGAGGAGCACCUGGCCCUGGCGGCCGCCACAUUCACAGAAGCGAACACCACGGGCACCUUCGCACGCGAAGGAUAUGCCGAGCUGAAUUACAAAGUGCAGAGUUCAACCUCGGCGAAAGCCGGCGGGAUUCCCGAUCAACUCAUGGCGAUCUCGGUGACCGUGUGGAACGACGCUGACAACGAUGCUCAGCAAGAUGCCGAUGAGAAGUCGUUAACGCUAGCGACCAAGCUCGCAAAGAUGGAGAGGUAUGAAGGUGUUGCGGAAGUUGUGACUGCCUCGGCGAUGAUGGCUGCGCUGAUGACCUCUGGAGUGGUUCUGCUCCGAACAUCGCAAGGCGUCUGGGAAGCCCACCAAGAAGAUCACGCCCGACUGGAAGCUGGGCAGAAGCUGGUUCGGCACAUCGUGCGCAGAGUGCGUCAGGCUGAAGCCGUCGUGGCGGUGAGCGACGCAAGUAAUGUGUAUGGGAACCUCACACUGCUGAUGCCGGAUGGGAAAACAUAUGCGUGGGCUCAAACGGGAAACCUGGUGAUGUACGGCGCCGACACCGCUUCCAAUGUGCUGGCCCAAAAUAUCGAUACGUUGAGGUUCAUCGCUUUCGAAGCUGACGGGACCACGAUAACCACCGAUCCAGCGAACGCACAAUCGAUCCAGUGCAUUGUCACGGUGACGCUCCCACGGGGAAGUGGAGAGCUUCGGGUCAUUCGCAGCCAUGCGUGGCGGAGGAUUGGGCAAUGGUCGGCUUUACGGAACACGAUCGAUUACGAGCGAGCGACGUACCUCGCCGGGGCUGGGGUUUAUCACUGCCUGGCCGAAUUGGAGAACGACCCGAGUUGGCGAACGGGGGUCUCCAAGAUCGAAUUUCCCCCAGGGAGUGGCGGGAUCUAUGCGGCCGAGGUCAGUGAGGUUGAGAACGGAACGGUGAUUGUUACCGGGACUGGGGCGGCCGGCGAAGUGGUGCGGCGACUACAAGUAACCGUUGAGGUUACUUACGCCUCGUUGCAUGCCUGCAUCAGCGAACAGCGGCCGGGCGGGGAACUGCAGGUCUCGACCGAAUCCGUCACCUGGCGCAAUGCAUCGGUCUCGCUCGAUUCAGACACCGGGCUACAGGAAAUCACCGCAGCAUUCAAACAACUGGCUUCAAGCCUCAAACUCUACAACCAGACCGUUCAGAUUUCUCUCAGUGGCGACUUUUGUGUUACCAGGGUUGUGACCGGGAAAUCGGAUGAGGUCCGUCAGCAGUUGCACGAACUCGAGGAACGCAGCUCUUCCUACUUUCUGCUGGGGCACGGGCCGAAGACCUUUGGUCGUUGCAUACGUGAGGUGGAUGCGAAACAACAGCACGCACUGCUUUCGAUUGUGAAUCAACGCGUUCUAACACGGGUGAUGGACGCUGCAAACCGGGCAGGCAUGAAGGUGGACGUAGUAGAACCUUCGAUUGUGGGCUCAUGUCGCCUCUUGGGUUUUUUAGGUGGCGAUGUGGAUGAACCGGCGCUCGUCAUUCAGGUGGGGCAGCGAACCGUUGAAUUGGGCGUGUGCCAUCGUGGGCAAUUGCUACUCGACUACCGGCCCUCGGGGCACGAUGCCAAAACUUCUGUGGCCGAAAUUGUCGCUCGCCACUUAGGGCGUUUGCAGCGUUACUGUGACCGGUACGUGAAGUUUUCAAGCGGAAACAUCAGCCGCGUGUACCUGAUCGGUGAGAAUCAGACUGUUCUUAACCUUUCAGAGCGUUUCAAAGAACAGACCGAACUACAAGCCACCGUGCUCGACCGUGAGUAUUGCUUGCAGCAUUCCGACUUGCAGCUCGAUGCGGCUUCGCCGGAGACGAUGACCGCAGUGGGAAGCUGUAUCCGUCCUAGGAUGCCGGGCCCGCAGCAGCUAACUCCGAAUAUGCUCGAGCGCGUUCAACUCUAUUCGCGCGAUCCUUUGUUCCCGGCGCUUGCUCGCGCUUUCUGGCCAGCCGCCGCUGCGCUGCUGGUUGCAAUCGGCACCUGGAUGGUGGCUCUCUACGAGUACCGAGAUUGCUGCGUAUUAGAGAGUCGGCUCGAGGAGUUUGAACCACAAUUGCAGCAGUCGCACUUGUUGCGUUUGCAAUUGAUCGAUCGUCGAACGCGAAUCGAGCAUCUGAUGGCGAUCGAUUCGGCGCUGGAGAAAACUCCCUGGCAUUCGAUCACCCGAACCAUAGGGCAGUGUCUGCCCAACGAUGUCUGGCUGCAGUCUCUGAUCGUCGAUCGAGAGAAGCGAAUCACCAUUACGGGGGCAGCCUUGACCGAAGAUGGGGUAUUCGAGCUGGUGAGCCACCUGCGGAAGUACCCCACCGUUGAGCGAGUUGCUUUACAAGGGACUGAAGUCGGCCGGUUUCGAGCCGGACCAGUGACCCAAUUCAGUAUUCAAUGCGAAGUGCGAGAGGCGGACUCGCUUGGUGCGCUUGAGAGCCGGGUGCUAGCUCAGGAGCAAGUGCUAGCUAGCCUGGAAAACAAGGCAGUCAAUACAGACGACACCUAUGAAUUCAGAGAGCAACUUGUGGAACUCGCCCGAGAGGCCGGUUGCCGACUCAGACGUUUGGACUUGGGCCAUGUGGAGCGACGGUCUUGGGAAAAGGGCGACGACCCCUUGGAGCCUGUUACGGGAGAGAAACAAGACCUCAUAACACAGUUUGAGCUAACGACGCAGCCCGUUCGAUUGGCGGUGGCGGGUCCGAUGGAAAGCGUGGCCGACUUCCUCAAUCGCAUCCAAGAAUCGGACAAGAUGAUUCACACCACCACGGUCACGAUGAGGGCGGCCCCCGGUAGCUCAGAAGAUGUCGAGUUGGAGAUGGAACUUCUAAUCUUCAAUUUGUCUAAGAAACCACAGGCGGUUUGA